AGCCUUUAUAUGAACAGACCUCUGGUUUUCUCCCUUGCUAGCAGCUAGUCAACACCAAUUGACGUUAGUCGUUAUUGAUAUCGGUGAUCAGCUGUAGCGCGGUCAGCUGGCGGAAAUACGGAGUUGUCGCGCCCAAUCUAUUUCGUGUUUAUUUAUCACCGAAACGAACUGUUGGCGAUGAUCCUACCGUAUGCGUGAAAGUUGCGAAGCAGCGCAUAUUCGCUCACGCGCAUUGCUUAUAACACGUAUUAAUGUGCCCUAUAUUGACGCUGCGUGUGCCUUUAAUUUUGUUUAUCGUUGUAAGAUUGUAACUCGUUAUUAAAGUCACGUAAGUGUCAACUCUUGUAUUCCACCUCUCCUCGGUGUCGAUAAAAGCGACCGACGUCCCGGAGCAACGUCUGUCGUCGAUCGAUUUUGAUCAAAUGCCAAAUACAACCGCUUCACCGUCCUUCUCUCACGGUGUUUGCAGGUUCUUCCAAUGUUGGCCUCGGGUUGCUCGUUUGAAGUAAGGUUAGAGUGAUCUCUCCAGAUUAUAUCUGUAACAUCGUAUCGCGGUGUAAUAACCGGAAAGAAACGGCACGUUUCGUAUUACCUCGAAAAAAUGAGCUCGAUUCUCGAUAGUGAUAUGUAGUAAGAUACUUCCUUGCUGUAAAAAUUUUACGUGAAUCUCGUAAAGAGGUCUGAAUAAGGCUUAUCUGGCCGGGCACACGGAUCUCUGGUGUAUUUAAUGUCAACGUAACGCCUGUGGACAAUGGACAGUGAGGAUUCUCUGGACCCACAGGAGCUACAGGAGACCCUCCAGACAUACAGGAAGCUCGCCAACGAUUUUGCAAACCAUGAUACUAUUUUGAAGGACAAAACGGUUCUAUCAUACAUAGCGUAUGUCUUGGAAGUACCUGAUGUAAAUGUUGUUACUUUAGCUUUAGACAUUCUGGAGAUAUUUGUGAAGAAUGUAGAUAAUUAUAUACACAUAACGUCCACCUUUGGUGUACGUGAAUCAUUGGAAGCCACCAUAAAUAAGUACAGUCUGAGUGAACCAAAGAUAUCAAAUCGAGCGCAAAACAUCAAAGAUGACAUAGAACGUAUGAAACCACCUAUAUAUAACUUACGCAGCCGUUGCAGACGAGUCAUAGAACCUAAGAAGUUGAAGACUCACAUGAUAGUCUUACAUGUUCAAGGUUUACUCCCGGAAACUCGUGCCGAAUUGGAAGCAAUUUUAAUAAGAAUCGAAGGUCUGGUUUCGCUUGUUGUCGAUGUAGAACAUCAGCGUGUAACUAUGCGUACCUUGAGCUACGUCACCGCUAAACAAAUCGCAGAGGCAAUCGACAAGAACACGGAAAACAUGGAAGCGAGAUUGGUUACAAGAAAUAAAUUUAAUCAGGAAUUUCUCGUAAAGUUGCUGCAAUCGGGCGAUAACAGCGACAGCGAAGAAAUGCCUGAUUAUUUACCUGAAGAGGAAGAACAAGAUGAUGACAAAGAAGGAGUUGUGUCAUUAUUUACUGGUUUAAAACAAAGCGCUUCAUCUUUAUAUAAAUCUACUGCUGAAUUUCUAAGUAAUUCAUUUUACUGGUAGAACUUUCUUACAACUGCAACGGAAAAAUUUUAAUUAUAACUUUAUUUAUUCUAAAUUAAUUGUUCAUUUAUUCUCGAAAGAUGGCAACGGCAAUCUAUAUGUAUAGAUAUCCUAACUGUACGCAUCAGAGACAAAAACUUCUUAAACAAUUUAUAAUGAUCUUGAGCAGUCGAUUAUUAUUAAUAUAAUCAGUUCAAGAACCUAUUCCCCAUAUUUUUAUCAACAUUUACAGUUGAUGAUAAUUAAAGUAGAAUAUAACAAAAUCGAUUUUUUAUCGAUUUUUACUGUUUAUAAUAUGUAAUGCUUUAUACUCAAUAGAAAAUUAACAUGUACAAAUCAUAUUUCUAAGUUUUUACAUCUAUUUGUAAAAAAAGGUAUGUUUUACGUAUAUUUGUAUAAAGUUAGCCUUAUUUUAUCAAUCACAUGCAUGUUCCAACUUAAUUAAAAAUAAUUGAUUUCUCAUCGAAUGUAUGUUCCGCGAUGUUAUGUGUACUAUAAAGUUAAUUAACGGAAUUCUACCCGUAUAAAUGAGAGCAUUGUUACAAGCUUAAUGUAAAGACGUCAUAGCUUAAGUAUGGAUGUUAAAUAUAUACGAUAUGGAUAUUCUCUCAAGUCGUAAUACAGUUUAUGCAAUCGGAUAAAACAUGAAAGAACUCUAAUGUUUAAUUUUGCAAUGUCAAUUAUUUUUUAGAAUAUUUACAAGCUUGCUUGUAUAUAUAUAAUUAAAUUAAUUAAAUGACCGAUCAAUGUUUUAA